AUGGCGCAUGCUCGCAUGCAGUCCACCCUUCAAAAAAAGGUGACGUGGUUGUGGCGCCAUCGAUGCCUCUUUAUCGAUUUCUCAAAGGAGAAAGUCAAGUUCAAAUUGAAUUUGCAGUAUUUGGAACCAAGCAAACUAGUCACGUAA